AUGUCUAACCUAAACAGUGCACUGUGCAUUGAAAACAUACAGAACGCAGAAGUGGCUCUCCUACACAAGGAUAAUCUGUCCGAUGGUGGAUUAAGCCAACUUUUGGAUUAUAACGCAGAAAUGGAAAGGUACCGCUCUUUUGCAAACUUUUAUAAAGCCAACGGGGCAUUUCCACAGACUGCCAAGAUUGCCCGCAUCACAACGCCCAUUUUUCCCAGUGCUAGAAUUGGCAUGUCCCCUUGGAACUGCGAUAACGCCAUGCUCUGGGGAAGGAAAUCAGCGGCAAUAAACCCUAAUAGGACCAGCAUGCAUAGAAAUGACUCCCAGAGGCCGGGGAAGCCUGGCUCGCUGCCAGAGACGCUGCAAAUGGCAAAUAAUAAUUUCCUCUCUACCUUAUCCCCCGAACACUGCAGACCUUUAGCAGGAGAAUGCAUGAACAAGCUGAAAUGCGGCGCUGCUGAAGCAGAGAUAAUGAAUCUCCAAGAACGCGUUGGAACUUUUUCCGCUAUUCCGGCUUUAGGGGGCAUCUCAUUACCUCCCGGGGUCAUCGUCAUGACAGCCCUUCACUCCCCCGCAGCCUCAGCAGCCGUUACAGACAGUGCGUUUCAAAUUGCCAAUCUGGCAGACUGCCCACAGAAUAAUUCCUCGGCAUCCAGUGGAAACCCAGCGAAGAAGAAAAGGAAAAGGUGUGGGGUCUGUGCGCCCUGCAGGCGUCUAAUCAACUGUGGUGUCUGCAGCAGUUGUCGGAACCGCAAAACGGGCCACCAGAUCUGCAAGUUUAGGAAAUGCGACGAGCUGAAAAAGAAGCCGGGCUCAUCGCUGGAGACUGAACCCAGCCUCUCGCCCGAUGUCAGCUGUGACCACCAUGCCCCUCAAAGGACAAGUGGAUGA